AUGGCGGGGCCGUGGUUCGCCUUCGCCCCGCCGCACCCUUGGGCGCCCCAGCACGCGCCCGUGUUCGCGCAGGCACCUGUUGAUCCGUUCCCUUGGAGCAUGCCCGUGUCCUUCGCGAACCCAUUUGAUGGUCCACGUCCGUCGACACAGAACGUGCCGUGGGGACCGCCCGGCGAGGUGCCCUUUGCCAGCUUCGCAGCCGGGCCUGCGGCUCCGGAACCGGAAUGGCGACACGGGCUACCGGAUGUGUUCGCUGGCAGCGGCCGCCGUUCUGUCCCCGCGGUGGUGCCGCCGGACCUCGACGCGGACGGCGGCGCGUCGUGCCUGCCGCUCGCGAGGCAGGCCGGGCUGCGGGCGGCGGGCGAACGCAACUUCAUCGUCUCGCCGCUGUCGUUCCACGCGGCGCUCGCGCUGGUGGCCGCGGGCGCGCGGGGCGAGACGCAGCGGGAGCUCCUGGGCUUCCUGGGCUCCGAUUCGCUCGACGAGCUGCAGCGCGCCGCGGCGACCGCGCUGGUCGCCAGGCUCCGCGACCUCCCGCAGACGUCCUUCGCCUGCGGCGUCUGGGUGGACCGGGGCCGGGCGCUCACGUCGGAGUUCAGGGACGCCGCCACGUCGCGCUACGCGGCGGUCGCGGAGUCCGUCGACUUCGCCUCGGAGCCCGAGGCGGCGAGGCGGCGAGUCAACGCGUUCGUGAGCGAAGCAACGAAAGGGCUCAUCGACGACGUCCUGCCUCCCGGCUCCGUCGACUCGAACUUCACCGCGCCGUUUCAUCUUCCCGACGGCGCCACCGUGCGCGCGCCGUUCAUGACCACGAGCCUUUUCAAGGAGCAGCAGGUCGCCGUGUUCCCCGGCUUCAAGGCGCUCAAGCUGCCCUACAAGAACGACGGCGGCGCGCGGCAUGCCGCGUUCUACAUGCUUCUACUCCUACCCGACGGUGAGGCUCUUAAGAUCAGUGAUCUGUACGAUAAGGCCGUCUCGACGCCGGGGUUCAUCAGGAGGCACACGCCGGUGGACGAGGUCCCCGUCGGGCGGUUCAUGGUGCCAAAGUUCAAGUUCACGUUCGAGUUUGAGGCAUCCGGCGAUAUCCAGAAGCUGGGGAGUCAACCGAGCCUUCGGCGGGGGCGACUUCUCCGGCAUGGUGUCCGGUGGAAACGGGCUCUUCAUCUCAGGAGUGUACCACAAGGCCACCGUAGAGGUGGACGAGGUCGGCACCGUGGCCGCCGCGGCCACGGCCGUGUGCAUACAACAGUGUGCAAGGAUGGGUCCACCGCCGGUAGAUUUCGUAGCGGACCGGCCCUUCUUGUUCGCCAUCGUGGAGGAGAGGAGUGGCGUCCUGCUGUUCCUUGGGCAUGUGGUGAACCCUCUGGUUGGAUGAUGAUGCUCAAGCCUGAAGGAAGAGAGAACUCAUUAGUACUACAUGACUUUGUGCAGGAACAACAGAAUAAAAGAGACUGUAUCUUUGUAUGUGCCAUGUAA